CGGUUUAAAGGUAUUUAAAAGCGGAGAUUUGAAUUUAAACAGAUGUAGUCAAGGGAGUAAAACAAGACGCAGUGUCCCUCAACAGCAACAGAAAACUGUCAGAAAUUUAUAUUACUCUUCGACACAUGUAUAAUAUGUCCUGUUAGAGGUUUGAUGUGGCGACGAUCACACACACAAGAACACUGAGCCGCGGAAACAGCGGGGGGAUUACAAUACAGCAGUUUGGCCUAAAGAAACAGUGAGCAACAAUGGAUUCAACUAAGGGUUUGAAGACGACACCCCUCGCUGGAUAUCUAAAGAAGUCAACAGGGGAGAGACCCAAACGUGUGCCCGUGUCUCAGAAACAGGUGCCUUCCAGUGCCACUCCAACCCAGCGGGUUCUCAGCACCGCAAACGGACCUCAGCGUGUCCUGAGGCCACCCGCCCAGCAGAAGCCAGGCCCCCAAAAGCAGCCACUAUUCCAGACUCCGUUAAACAAUAACACAGCAUCCAACCAGAAUGUACCACCAAAACCAGAGAGCCAGCCAGCGAGCCAACCACAGCCCAAAGUUCAGGAGCCCAGCAAAGCAACAGAGCUGCCCAUUCAGGGGCAGGCUGCUGAUAAACCUCUGGCAGAGGAAUAUACAUCAAUGGACAAGAAACGGUGGAGCCUGGAAAACUUUGACAUUGGUCGUCCUUUAGGAAAAGGAAAGUUUGGGAACGUUUACCUGGCCCGAGAGCGACAGUCCAAGUUUAUCCUGGCACUGAAAGUGCUGUUUAAAACCCAGCUGGAGAAGGCAGGUGUGGAGCGCCAACUGAGGCGAGAGGUGGAAAUCCAGUCCCAUCUCAGGCAUCCGAAUAUCCUGAGGCUAUAUGGCUAUUUCCAUGACUCCUCCAGAGUGUACCUGAUCUUGGAAUAUGCUCCCAAGGGUGAAUUGUACAGCGAGCUGCAGCGAUGUGGCAAAUUCAACGAACAAAGAAGCGCUACUUAUAUUACUGAGCUGUCGGAUGCCCUUCUGUACUGUCAUUCUAAGAAGGUGAUCCACAGGGACAUCAAGCCAGAGAAUCUUCUGCUAGGGGCCAGUGGGGAGCUGAAAAUUGCAGAUUUUGGCUGGUCUGUGCAUGCACCCUCUUCAAGGAGGGCGACUCUGUGCGGGACUCUGGACUACCUGCCUCCUGAGAUGAUUGAAGGCAGGAUGCAUGAUGAGAAGGUGGACCUGUGGAGCCUUGGAGUCCUCUGCUAUGAGUUUCUGGUGGGGACCCCUCCCUUCGAAACCAAGAGCCAUGAGGAAACGUACCGAAAGAUUUCUAAAGUUGAUUUCAGUUACCCCCAGUUUGUUAGCGAGGGUUGCCGAGAUUUGAUCUCCAAGCUGUUGAAACACAACCCCAACCAGAGGCUGCCCCUGCCCGGCGUGCUCACCCACCCCUGGGUCGUAGCAAACUCCACGAAACAGCCGACUGCCCUGUUGAAGAUCACACCUCCCACCCCACAGCCCAGCUCCAGCAAGUGAAGCAGCAGAGUGAAGACGAGGGCCUUCUCCUCCAAGAUGCUGCUGACUCGAGACCGAGUGAACCACAGUGACCACUGUGUCCAUUCCAGGCACAUGACCUAGUAUUCAAAUGGAUUCACUGCGCAUGGCAAGCCACGCAAAGCAGACUCCUUCAGCACAUGCAAAACAACGAGGGGCAAGAAUAAAUAGAAAAUGAUAUCUUGUUUUAAAAGACUUGUCAUCACGGAGUCUCCUGUACUUGAAUUUCAUGUUGGGUUGAGCUGUUCUUUCCCUGACUUUAUUUCUCUUUUAUAUGUAUGUCUCUCAAUCCUGGUCUGCAAGGCCUUUUGAGCAGUGCAAUAGCCAGUUUGAGUGCUUAUGACUUAUUUAUGGAGCCCUGCUUGUGAGGGUUUGUGAUUGUGCUCUGCAGAGUGGAUGUGGCUGUAUUACCAGGAUCUUUUGUAAAUAUUUAGUUUUAAGAUGAUUAUGAACCUUUUUAUUUUUUAUGUUGGUGUCGUACUACUGUUUCAAUGUAUUUAGGAGCCAUUUCUUUAACAAGUUAAUAAAAUUAAUAAUAUUG